AUGGUCUGUCAUGACGAACUGGCUUUUUCAUCAAGCAAUGAUGACAAAUCAUCUCAUCGCCAAAUGGCCGGCAUGAAUGAGUUGAGCAAAGUUCACCUUCCCAGAGAAUUGUCGCCAAAUGGCCGUCACAAAGGACUCUGUCAUUUUCUCCACAGAAAAGCCAAGCGUCCAUCGCCGAAUGGCCGUCAUGGAAUCGCUUGGAAGAUGCAAAUAAAUAUCUUUGAUGACAAAUCAGCUCAUCGCCAAAUGGCCGGCAUGAGUGAGUUGAGCAAAGUUCACCUUCCCAGAGACUUGUCGCCAAAUGGCCGUCACAAAGAACUCUGUUUUUGGAGCUUAAGACAUUAUAUUGAUUGGAUCUGUAAGAAUGAGAAGGAAUUACCGCAAUGGGAAACGUGUUUAGACAACUUUUAUAACUCGUUAGAUUUUGUAAAUUCGCGUAGAGGAGUAUCCAUAUACAUUCGCACUUGUGCUAGGAGAAAUCUUGAUAAUAAAGAGCUUCCCGAGAUUGAAGCAAUUAUGAAAGAACUCCAGGAACCAUAUGAAAGAGUAUAUAAUGGAAAAUAUGGUGGAUCUAUGUAUAAGACUGCGGUUCAAGUGCAAAAGGAAGAGGAAGUCUUUGCUUUGGAAAAUGAAAAAACGCUCAAAGAAGAAAUUAAGUUGCCAUUGGCAAGCGGUAUUUCCUCUAAGGAUCCGUUAAAGCAUAAACUUUCUUCUGAUAUUGACGUUUCUGAAGCUUUCCACAGCUAUCAGGCCAAAAUCCCCAAGUGCCGUAAGGUCUCGACACCUGCGUAUUGGGGUAUUCUCGAUUUGACGAACGAAAGCCUGCACGGAUGUAAAUAUUUUACAGAAAUCGACAUGAAGGAGUUGAAUCAAGAAUUCUCGAAUUGUAUUGGAUGGAUUGAUACACCUGCUGAAGAAAGUCUUCAGCAAUACUUCGAUAAUAACUGUCAAAGAAAUUAUGAUAAAAAAUUUGAAAAGUUAGAUGCCAAUAUACAAUUUAUAAAGAAUAAUAUGUGUUCCUUCCAGGGAACAUUGACGGAAGAAGAACUCAAAAUGAGCUCAUCGUUUCCUUUAUUUCGAGGCAUUUUUACGUCCGAUCACAUAAAAGAUGUUUGGGGAGAGACACAAGCUCUGGCGACGAACGAUGCUCGAAAUGAAAAGCAAAACCCAUUCCAAAGGGCCCGUAUUGGGAGAAAAGUUGACAUGAAGUGUGUUCUGGUCAAGACACUAAAUAAGUUUGAAGUUGUAUACGGGGAAGUUUCGGGAGGAUUAGGUCCAUUUGGACCUUCAGCUCAUCGCAAGAAACGAUUCCUUGAUAAAGUAAAGCUAAUGGUCACAAUGCGGGAUAGUCUCAAUAAUUUACUAAAGAAGUACAAACACACCUCGGACAAGCAACGCAUGGACAUAAUCGUCUAUGGCUGGCUUCAAGUCGGAAUGGAACUUAGCUUCUACGCUUUAGACUGGAUUGGAGAUGGUGUAUACAGGUUCGGAUUACUCGACCAGUGUAUUAUACCUUCGGACAAAAAUGAUUGUAAUAUGAUCGAAGAUGCUUAUUGUGUCAUUAAAACACUUGAGAUUAAAUUGCUACAAACUGAAACGGCGGUAAGAAACUUACUUUCAAACAACACAAAAGGAAAACGACGCCGAACGGCAACUGAAAAUGAACCAAAGCUAAAUUUAAACCGUACACCUAUCAAACAAAAAUAA